AUGUCACUACAAAUCCCCGACUUAGAUUAUAAGAAACCCGGGCAGACAGCUGUCUACAGAAAUGCUAUACCAUGUCCCGAGGUGAACACAGUAUUUGAAAAUUUCCAAAAUGAUGUUAGUAAAUUUGCAGAGAGACAAUGUCUUGGGUACCGACCGUUUGAUAAGAAUACAGUGAAUUUUGGUGAAUAUGUUUGGGAAACAUAUGAACAAACACUUGACAAAGUUAACAACGUUGGCAGCGGAUUAGUUUAUACCAAUGAUAUCGUUGCAAAUGCAGCUUAA